UGAAUAAAAAUAUUUUAGAAAUCGGUCAAAUAAAACCAUUUUAUAUGUAAUAUAGGAGAUAAACACGUUUAUUAAAGUAAUAUCAAGUGAAAGUAAGACAUGCCAUUGUUAUCGCCAGGGGCGUCAACAAGCACGUCCAGACUUACCCCAACCACUGCUCCAGAGUUCAUCUCGCCAUCAACCAGACGCCAUGUUCCCCAGGCCCAGGGCCAGGUCUUUGCGUCACCCGCCUUGGUGUGUACAGAGGAGAAUCCCGAUGAAGCCGAGCGACGUGCCCGGCGGAGGUCAAGGGUCAUGGAGCUGCAGAGGCAGCAGCUGACGAGCCCUGGUACGCCACCUGGUGAGAGACGGCGUUCCACCCCUCUGAGUGGCCUGAGUAACACCCAACUUGCUGAUCACUAUGCCAGCUGUAUCAAGUUGUCAACUGAGAAUAAAAUCAAUGCCAAGAAUGCGUUUGGUCUCCAUCUGAUUGACUACAUGUCCGAAUUGAUCAAGAAAAAAGAGAUGAACAACUUCCAGGUGGCCAGUUCCACGCUCGAUGCCAGCGCAAAGAUCUACGCGGGGCGCGUUGACGCGGUCCAUUCGGAGACAUAUAAGAUGUUGGGAGGACUUGGUCGUGGAGCAGAGAAACAGGGUGGCGCUGGUAAAGGUGACCAACAUCAGGAAGCAGGAUUUGAAGAUGCUGAGGAAGCCAGUGAAAUGGGUGAUAAGAAAAAGAAGAAGAAAAGACGGACCGGCAAGACUGUCGAGACAAAUCUGAAGAAUAUAACGGUUAAUAAUUUCAACCUGGAAUUCGAAGUCGACCCGCUCUUCCAGAAAACGUCCGCAUCUUUUGAUGAAGGAGGAACGAGUGGGCUGCUAUUGAAUCAUCUGUGUUGUCUGGAUAACUCCUCACAGCUUGCGUUGGAUUCGGAGACGGUUGUGACGGGAUUCCGGAUGGACAGGACAGCGUCUGUCGAGGGACAGAAGCUAUGCAGUGUCAAAGGUUUUCGAGGUGUCCUCCAGGCAGCUAGUUCACAAGAUAUCGAGAUCUGCCCGCAGUUUGUGGAUUUUACUUUUUCAAAUUGGGACAAAAAUAGCGACGACACACUAAGUUCUGUCAUAAAGCGGCAAAGUUUGAGUAAAGAUCAGCACGCGUUUGAUAUCGACGCUGAAGUGGAGCCAGUACCUGAUCCAUCCAUGGAUCAGACACUAGGUGGAGCUGGGUUUGACGAUUUUGGUGGUGCUCCAUGUGACGAUGAUGAUGAUGCAGCUUCAAAUUACAGCGAGACAGGUAGCAUAGCUGGGGAGUCUGUGAUGAUUGGUGACGGAUCUGAGGCGAAACUUGUCAGCAAUGUCAUGGACAGUAUAAAGGAUGGAACAGUUGGUGAACUGAUGCAAGUGUUAGAUACAGAGCACAGCGACUACUCUUACUUCAAUCCAUCCUUACUGAGCACAUGGGCCGGACCAUCUCACUGGAAAGUCAAAGGAGCGCUAACCAAAGACCCGAUGGCUCCCGGUACCUCGGGAGAAAAGACGGCAGAAAAAUCCCGAAAAAAGAAAACGCCUUUCAAGAUUGACUACGACAAAGAAACGGAGAUGACGCAGUUUUUCAAACAGUCCAAAGCCUCAACGAUGGUCUCGAAGACGACCUUGAAGCGAUACACACGAUCAUCGAUCACACUCCCGGAGGACGUGCAUUAUACCGCAGACAGGCUUGUCAAGUUAUUUGCUAAACCCAAGAUCAAGAUUCGUCGUUCGAAGGCUGCCACAGAAGACGUUGACGAAGGCGUAGAGAAUUACGACUAUGACAAUCAGAACGACCGGGAAAAUUUCUGUCCUGCCACCGCAGAGGGCGGUGAUGACGAUGAUGACAACGAGGGUGGUGGCUUCGACUUCACGCAAGCUGGUAGCGAGUACGACCAGAGCGCAUUCCAAGAUGUCACGACCAACCAAUCGGAGCUCCUGGAGGACGCUAAUGGGAAUCAGACGUUAUUAGGAGAAGAUCUCAUAGCACAACCAAGAAAGGUGGCAAAAAUAGAUAUUGCGUACGCUCGGACCGCCAAGAAAAUGGACGUCAAAAGGUUAAAGGGAGCAAUGUGGUCAUUGUUGGUGAAACGGGAAGAACAAGACAAGGAAAACGAGGCGGAUAACGAACAAGGUGUGUCUGACGCUGUGAACGGUAGUCACGAAUUCAGCCAGGUCAUCAGUACGUUGCCAAACCACGUCACGAAAAACAUGGCCAAGAAUCUCAGUACUGCCAUCUGUUUUGUGUGUAUCCUGCAUCUCGCAAAUGAAAAGACACUGAAAUUCGAAGGAUUACCCGACAUGUCUGACUUCAAGAUUACUCAAGACUGAUUGUGACACAAAUGUCAUAAAGGAGGAUUGAUACUGACAUGUUCAGACAAACAUGAAUGAGACAUUUCAAAUUUUUGGAUGAUUUUCCACUUUUCCCACUCCUUAAAACGGUUUAGUAAUAGUAUAACAGGAGAAAUGGAAACAUCUAUGACUGAUCUCACUGUAAACUUUGAAUUUUCUAAAUUGGACUAAAAUAACCAUUUUACUAUUUAAGAGGGACAUUUUGUAAGGAACGGUAUUUCCAAUCCAAGGAUUUCACAGGAAAAUGUUUUUCAUCUUUUUGUUCUUGGCUCUAUCACAUCCCUGUGUUGUUUCAGACAGAAGGAGAAUGAUCCGGAGCUUCUGAGACUGAAUGUUCUGGUUAAUUAUCAUAAUAAACUCCAGUUCAUUCAUUAAUUAGAGGUACUGUAUGAUAUUUCCGUCAAUAACCACAGGGUUACUUUGUAGUGCAUGCACAAAAUCACAGCAUGCAUAUUUUGCAAUUUACUCGCUAUUACAUGACAAACAGUCGGGCAUUUCCCUCUAUAUGUGACCCGCUCCACCAAAACUAGGCGCUUGUCGCAUCUGAACUUGACAGGUUGAUACGGACUUGUUGUUCA